AUGUCGCAGCGGAAAUUACAGCAAGAAAUUGACCGCACGUUUAAGAAAGUGAAUGAAGGUAUCGAAGAAUUCGACUACUUAUAUGAUAAACUUCAAGAGAGCGAUAGUCAAUCACAGAAGGAGAAGCUAGAAGGGGAUUUGAAGAAAGAGAUUAAAAAGCUUCAGAGAAGCCGAGAGCAGAUCAAGAAUUGGAUGGGUGGUAACGAAUUAAAGGAUAAGAAGCAAUUAGGUGAUUAUAGGAAGAAGAUUGAAAGAGAGAUGGAGAGAUUUAAAGAGGUGGAAAAGAUUAUGAAGACUAAGGCUUUUUCCAACGAGGCGUUGGCUUCAGGGACGUUGACAUUGGACCCAAGGCAAAAGGAGAAGGUGAAGUGUUCUCAGUUUCUUGAGGUAAAUAUUGAUGAAUUGCAGCGACAAUCAGAAGCCAUCGAGGCGGAUAUAGACCGAGUGUAUGCGUCAAUGAAGAAGCAUCGGUCGGAUUCGUCCAAACAGAAGGAGAUAGAAGAGCAAGACGUAAGAUUGAAAAAUCACAAGUAUCACAUUUCGAUGUUGGAGAGCGUUAUGAGACAUUUGAUGAACGAUAAGUUGCAGGUAGACCAGAUAAAUGAGAUUCGAGAUGAUAUUGAGUACUAUGUGGAGUCCAAUGACGAUCCUAACUUCAUUGAAGACAAUGACUUUUACGAGGAACUUGGUUUGGAUGAGACUACUGGUGAAUUCACUGUUACCGGUGUUGACGAUGAGUCUGUUGUUGAUUCUUCACAGGAAUCUACUCCUGCUCCUACUUCUGUUCUUGCAACUACACCUGUUGUUUCGUCCGCCAUGGCUGCUUCUUCCACUUCUUCUGUUUCUGCUUCACCUUCCUCGUCUCAUCGUCGUAUCAAGGAUAAGGAUUUAGAUAAAGAGAAAGACAAUGAUAAGGAUAAAGAUAAAGAACUCAAAAAACAGACAACCCGUCUUUCGUCUGUAUCGCGUGUCUCUUCGCAAACUGCUCGUCCAAUUUCUGCCUUGGCACCUUCACGGUCCAGUUCGAUCUCAGAGAUUCAUCCAGUGACUGUGGCUCAAACGUUAGCCUCCCAGUUGUCGCAUACUCAGCAUAGCUCUCCUAAAUCUAAGGUUGCUACGCUAAAUGGAGGACUUAAACCAUCUACUCCUGUAGGUACACCCAAGCUGAGGUAUUCCACAGUAGCUUCUGCGGCACUUUAUCAAAAUCAUUCUCAAUCUGCUAUCAUGUCCACAGCGCAAGACCAGAGGCAAAUGUCGUCGAGUCAAUCACAGUCAAUAAUGGCACAGAAAUUGGUAGAUUCCAAGGAUCACUUGCAGUCCUCUAGUAUGGACGUGACGGGAUCAUCCGUAUCUGCUGAUUCAUCAUCCUUUUCUACCUCUUCCUCCAACUCUAAGGAUACUGUUGCCGAGAUCCAGAAGUCUCUCUCCUUUAUGAAUCUAUCAAGCUACACAAACUUGCCCGGUGGUUUUGACAAGUAUGUGAGAGCUUUGGAGACUGCCAAAGAGAGAUUAGUGGACUGUCACGAAGACGAGAAUUCGACUAGGAAGAGUACCAACGGUACCUGUGCUUCUUAUCCAUUUGAUUUGAAGCUUCCGUCGUUUGAAUCCAUCUUUCCACAGCUUGAAUCCUCGCUAUUGAACUGUCCAGACUCUUACGAUGCUGAUACGCCUAAAAACUAUGUUCCGUCGAAUCAGUUUGUCACUCAACCUUGCUUUCCUCAAGAACCGGCGGUUGAAGUUAUAGGUUCCACAAAGCUACUAAAGAAGCUGGAGCUCGAUACUUUGGCAUACUGCUUCUAUUAUCACAACCAAAGGUAUCAAUCAUCGUUCAGUAAUGUUCAUCAUUCCGUGAAUAACGGAGACCACGAUUAUCUACAGUAUAUAGCAGCACGAGAGUUGCACAAUCGUAAUUGGAGGUACGAUAAGCAAUCCAGAUCAUGGUUCCACAAGGAUGAUGAGCAGGAUGCUACAGACUGGAAGUUCUUUGACUAUAAGGACACGUGGAUGGUUAGAAGAAAGGAGAAUUUCCAAUUCAACGAGGACCAAGAAGAGGCGGCCUUUUUCUAA